AUGCAGAGAGUAUCUGAUGUUCUAAGUUUCUCCAAGAAUAUCACGGAAUUACAAGAGAAGCAACUUCUGAUGCAGAGAGUAUCUGAUGUUCUAAGUUUCUCCAAGAAUAUCACGGAAUUACAAGAGAAGCAAAUGAAGUUCAAGGCAUUUCUCACGGACAAUGGUGCGAUGCUUUUAGAGAAGAGGUUUUUACCAGCCUUAGACAAAAUGGGAAAAAUAUGCCACAUCUNCAACCUUGACUGCAAAAAGAUGAAGUUCAAGGCAUUUCUCACGGACAAUGGUGCGAUGCUUUUAGAGAAGAGGUUUUUACCAGCCCUAGACAAAAUGGGAAAAAUAUGCCACAUCUACUUGACUCGAGACCAUGCAUUCUUCCUCCACAACCUCCUCAAUGGUGAUGGAAUCCAGUCCAUUGCACAGUUCCGCAAAGAGGCCCUUUUUGAUGAUUAUCGCAUCUCCAGCCAAAAUGAUGACCGCAUUGCUUUUGCUAUUGACCUAUCCCUUCUCCACCGUGCACUUCGUAGCAUCAUCACCAUAUACAGUGAGUUCAGUGGCGGCCACAGUGAUGGUGCUGGCGCUCCCACCUCCAGCCGCCUCCAAAUUAAGCUGGUAAAGAAACUUCCUCCUCAUUCACAGCAACCAACACCAUUUCUCACAUUUGAGACCAAGGGUUACAAAUCUGCCAUCAUUCAGGAUGUCCCUAUAUCUAAACCUUUGUCUAGAUCUGAUGUCCUUGAACUUCAAGCGGCCCUUGAUAUGGCUCAAGAAUUGCCUCAGACGCUUGUUCAAGUUUCGGAUAUGAGUAAAUUACAAAACUUUGUCAAUCGAAUGAAGCAUGUUGGAGAUCUAAUUAAUGUUUCUAUAAGCAAAUUUGGGGACCUGCAUUUACAAAUUUCAACUACUUUGAUCACACUUGGCGCUGAGUUCCGCAAGUUGUUGGUUUUAGGAGAGCAGGCGGAGAUUCCAGUUGAGGAUAGAAAUUUAAGUGCUCAGACUCGAACUCAAAGGGCAAUUCAAAGCGGAAAUGCAAUGACUGUGCAAGUGAGCGUGAAGCAUUUCUUUAAUAGUCUCCAAUGUCAUUUGGCGAAGCCAGAUUGUGCUUUCUACGGGAUUGCUCCACAGGGUGCUUGCUUGACUGUGAUAUUCCAGUUCUUUAUUCCUGGCACACGUCAAACAGAUAAGUCAAUCAGUCUACAUUGCCAGCUUCCAGUACUUGACCCUGGUUCCAGUUAAAGACCAGAUUACAUUUCGUGACCAUUUGAGCUAAGUUUUUGGCUUGUGAGCAUGUUGGUCAG